AAAGCCGAGGGUAGAGUCUGAGGUCUGCAUAAUAUUACCAUGUUAUUACCAGAGGUGUUUUAGAUAUUGAUCCUGUAUCCGCUGGUAGUUAAACUCACUCCCUCACCUCACAGGUCCAUACCUGCUUUUCUAAUUUACUAAACACAAGUGACAGGAAAAUUUGUAAAAAUGCCCAAGAGGAAGUCACCUGAGGGAGCAGAGGCCAAAGACGCCACCAAAGUUACAAAGCAUGAGCCCACUCGGAGGUCAGAGCGUCUUUCCUCAAAACCAGCUCCACCUAAACCUGAACCAAAAGCCAAAAAGCCAGCUGCCAAGAAGCCAUCCAAUGAUAAAGCGGUAAAGGAGAAGAAGGGCGGAGCCAAAGGAAAGAAAGAGGAGAAAGAUUCUGUGCCCACUGCUAAUGGAGAGACCAAGCCAGAGGAGAUCUGCGUGUCUCGCUCAUCUGUCAGUGUGUCAUCAUGGAGAAGUUCCGCCCCCUCCUUCCUGUCCAUCCGCGGGCAGAGUGAGAGUGUUAGAGUAAAGGGAAACUGAGACGCCCAAGACUGAGGCCGAGGGAAAAGAGUGAUUGAAGUUGUUUUCUGGAAUAACAGAACUUUUUUUUUAUUCCUAUCGAGUAUUUUGUAAAACGCAAACUUUUUUUUAGACUUCCCGUACUAGAUUUCCUUAGCUAAAAGUCGACUCACACUCCCCGCAGAAGCACCAUCUCCUAUAUCUGACAGAAGGAGAGAUUCAUUUCAAGAAAAACCAACAGUUAUUCUUGAACAAAAAUUUUCACCAGCAGCUCGCCUGCCAAAUGCAGCCACUUGGAACAUGUCAUAUCCUAUCAUGUUAAAAGCAUCCGGAUCAUCAUUUUCCACUAGAGAGCAUAGCCUGCGCUUCACGGUUUUACGGCUCUGUCUUUGAGUCUUGUUUAAUUGAGUAUCUUAUAAAAAGUGUCAGAGAAAGGGAGCAUUUGAGUAGUAACCACUAUUUUUUUUUUUUGCUUUUUUGGUAAGAAGCUCCUUUGUAGCAUUUUGAGAUUCAAGCGUGUUUUAAAAUGGCUGAAUUAAACAUGACCCUUAACAGUGGCAGAUUUCCAUAGCAAUAAACAAGUGGUGCUUUGUGCUAGAAGGUUAGGAAAAAACUACAAGAUCCCAGUCUCAGACAAAUGUAAAAGUCCACAGAACUGGUUUGAGAUAUCCUCUCUGUAAAAUGUUUUCAAAUAAAAAGAUGAAUAACCGGUCAGUA